GAUCGUAUUUGAAUGCCAAUACUUUAUAACAAUGCCAAGUCUACUUCAACGCAGAAGUGAUAUAAAAUAUGUGCCAAAUCCAAAAUUUAUAGAAAACAAUCAUCUGGCAUGCUAUCGAAUAUUGAAAACAGUAUAUGUACACUACACUCGACGUCUCAAAUCUUUUGUCCUGCUGGGAAACAGAGCAGCAACAGCUAUGGGGGUAAGACAGGGGCCCAAAAGCUUUCGCCUCACGCGCAUCUGUAGAUCAAUUUCCUCCCCUUGCCCGACAUCAAUAUCCCCAGCAAAAAUCGAUAUCACAUUUGUAGGCAGGCAUCAGCUCCAGCGACACUAACACAUUCCUCAUGGUGACAACUUCUACCUUGUAAAAGUCCAUCAAGCUUCAAUCUUCAUUCGCGGAACUAUCCCGCAACAGAAAAGUAAAAAAGAGUGCUGAGAAUCCCAAUUCUCAAAUCGGGGGGCGUCAUACCUACCUAGGUACUGUGGUAGGCACUGUGAAACUGAUUUUGGUAUCUCCUAGGAAAACGCUUGGCUGGCCGCUGGAAACCGUCAAAAAUCGAUGUGUCUUAUCGAUCCUUAUCGUAUCACUAGCGCAGCCUCGGUUCCCCGGGUUCUCCGCUUGUGCUUAUCCGAAAAGAGAGCACACCAUGUUUGUCAGUCUGGACUGAUAUAUCAAAUAUCAUUCAUUGUAUCACGACAAUUCGAAUUGCUCUUGAAAUAUAUCUUCCGCGUUUUUGGUUGUAGCGUAUACGUAUCUGCGAUCAUAUUUUGAGUCACAAAGAGAAGAUUGUGAGAUACGCAAAAGAAAAAAUGUCUAGUUACGACACGCAACUCCAUGACUUUGGGUCUCUGUUUUCUCUGAAGGGAAAGAUUGCGGUGGUUACUGGGGGAUCCAGAGGAUUGGGAUUGCAUGCUGCGUCUGCCUUCCUCCAAGCCGGCUGCUCCCUCGUCUACAUAACAUCUCGUAAAGCUUCCGCCUGCGAAGCCGCUGUCUCAACUCUCAAUGCCCUCCCCAAUCUCUCUCCGGGUGCAAAAGCCAUUUCCGUCCCCGCAGACAUCUCAACCAUUGAAGGUAUCCAGCAUCUGGUAUCCGAAGUAUCCAAAACCACAGAUCAUAUCGAUAUCUUAUUUGCAAAUGCGGGAGCCACAUGGGGAGAAAAAUUCGAUACCCACCCCGAUGAUGCGUUUGCGAAAGUGAUGAAUCUAAACGUCAAGAGUGUUUUUGGGACAGUGAGAUUAUUUACACCCCUCCUCCAAGCAAGCGCGACUGCCUCAGAACCCUCCCGCGUAAUAGUAACCGCUUCCGUCGCCGGCCUUAUCGCCCCUCCCCCAGGGCCCAGCUCCGCAAUCGGCUAUUCCGCAUCCAAAGCUGCGGCCAUUCAUCUCACCAAAAAUCUCGCUGUCGAACUCGGUCCCCGUCAUAUCCUUUGCAAUUCCAUUUCUCCUGGAUUCUUUCCAUCGAAAAUGGCUAACGCGCUUAUGGAGUCGAAAGGAGGAGUUGCGAAGCUGGCUAAAACUGUGCCGGACGGGAGAUUAGGGAAACCGGAGGAUAUUGCUGGCGCGGUGGUUUUCCUGUCUAGUAGGGCAGGAAGUCAUAUUAAUGGGGCUAACUUGGUGGUUGAUGGGGGAGAAAUGCUAAGUAGAGGUGGCGCAACUGAUGAGGAGGGGGAGAAAGCAAAACUUUAGGUUGAAAGCUACAAGUUUGUGGUUUGCAAUUUAUAAAUCGCAUUUAGAGCACUGGGAAAUACCUCGAAAUAGUAGAUACGAGCAGGGCAUUAUAUCUGUAAUCGCAUAGUGUUUGAAUAGAGAAGUAGGAAUUUCAUUUCAAGUAGAUAUAAAUUGAGACAGGGAAAAAGUACGAGAAGCAAAAAUAUCUCAACAUAAAAAGUUACCAGUUGUCAUGUCUUGCUCGAAAUGGGUAUCUGAUUCAUGAAAAAUUAUACCAAGGAAAAGUCUCCGCUAUAGACAAAUGAAGAAAGACGUGGUCC